UUUCCGACAUUUCUAUUCUAUUCUCAAAGUAGUUCGUGAUAAGUUGAGCAUGCAUGAUUUUAUUGGAUAAAAUUAAGUAAUAAUUGAAUUUGAAGUUUGUGCAGUACAGUAGCAUUAACAACGUAUAUAUUUCGUGUAAUUGCGAAUGUGAAGUACUGUGUGGAAGUGUUCACUAAACGUUGGAAUACCCAGAUCGUGAAAUUCAUCGGACACAAGGCGACGGAAAAAUGGAUUUCUCACCGAGUCCAGAGAGUGACAAUUCUGGCUACUAUAGGAAUCGCAACCGUAGGGAUGAUCGGGACCGAGGCAAUCGUGGACGUUCAAAGGAACGGCAUUAUCGCGGCAGUCGAUACAGUCGCAGUCGGUCGAGGUCAUAUAGCAGAGAGCGGUACGUUAGCGGCAAUAACCGCAGGAGCCCAGAAAGGGAUCUCUACAGAGAUUUGAUAGAUCAAGAUUAUGGGGACAACUCCUACGAUAGAGAUCGGGAUCGGUACCGCCACAGAAGCCGUGACCGCGAUCGUCGUUCAAGGGAUAGAGACCGGAGGGAUCGUGAGAAGCAGAAUAAGCGAAAUUUUUCGCCUGCCCGAGACUCGAAUGAUUUCGACGACAACUAUGACAGCGACAAUAAUCAUGAAUUCUUCUACCAGCAGAAACCAAACAAUAAAAUCAUAGUUCGGGGCUUAGCGGCUCAUAUAACCGAAGCCGAUAUUAACAGUGAUCUUAUACAAUGUGGACUGCAGGCUCUUCAUGUUCGAUUGAUCAGGAGAAAAAAGACAGGUGCAUCGAGAGGUUUCGCAUUUGUCGAGUUCCGCACAGAAGAGGAAGCAACUCGCUGGAUUUGCUACAAACAGGGAAUGCUGAUCUUCAACGACCACCGUGCCGUGAUGCAGUACACCUACUCGUUGCCGGCUGAGAUGCGUGCAAAGGACAAACCACAGACGGAUUGGUACUGUGCUAAGUGUGGUGUAUUCAAUUUCAAGCGUCGUGAAAAUUGCUUCAAAUGUUUUGCAUCGCGCGAAGAGAGCGAAAAGGGAGGCGAAGGAAGCGACGAAAUAAGCAACAUACUCACCAAGAAAAUUAUGCUCCGUAAUCUGGAUGUUCUGACGAAUGAAGAAAGCGUCCUGUGCACAAUGCAAGACAAAAUUCCGGAGCAGGUUUCGAAGAUUUCGAAAAUCAUGAUCUGCAGGGAUCCGUUAACGCAAACGUCGAGAGGAAUUUGUUAUCUUCAUUUCGACAAUCUUCUCGAUUCAAUGAACACACACAAUGCGCUGAAAGCAAUCGAACCAAUCUUGAAGAUUGACAAUCGGGAAGUACUGAUAUCCUACUGUAUGGAUACCGAAAAUCGCAAUUUGGUCAAAGGUGUGAACAACAAGUCGUCGGGCAAUGGAGGUGGCUUUACGGAGCAGUGUACCGGAAUGGCUACUGGCUCGGCAGGAGCCUUCCCUAAUACGUAUCAAUAUACAAUGGCGGAUGUUCCGCGUCUAGCUGAGUAUAGUGCCUCCGUUUAUGCUUCAAAUCCAACCGAACACGAACAUUACCUUCAGUUUUACACAAACUAUUAUAUGACGCAAAUAACGCAGGGACAAAUAAGCAAUUUACCAACCGAGGCACAGCUUGGGGAAACCGCGAACUCUGGGGCUGCGGUAGCCCAAUCUGCAUUAGCACGUAAGCAGGGAACCAAAAGUAAAACGGAAGCAACACCAGCACCUGCCGCUGCGUUUGUUGCUCCACAACCCCUCCAAAUUCCCAACGGAACGGAUGGCAAAAAAUAUCCCACACCGGAUGUAGCCCAAUAUCAGUACGAUGAAACGUCGGGAUUUUACUACGAUCCAUCAACGGGGUUGUACUACGAUCCCAACUCGCAGUACUAUUACAACAAUGAAACCUGUUCCUACCUCUAUUGGGACACCGAAAAUAGUACAUACGUCGCUGCUCCAACGAGCUCCGGCACUGCCAGCGCAACAACAGCCGCAGCCACAGAAGUAGCAGCUAGUGUCAAUAAUAGCACUAGUAGUGGUACAGCCACACCAGCCAACGGCGACAAGACUGAGAAAACGAAAUCAAAGGAUCAGCCACACGACAAAGUCAAGGUGGCGAAAAAGAUUGUGAAGGACAUGGAAAAAUGGGCGAAACAGCUCAAUCAGAAGAAAGAUUACAGCGUUCUACAGCCUCCUGCUAAGGUGGAGGAAGCAACCUUAUAUUCGUCACAGGGACCGAUCAGUGUUAAAGCAGCGGAACCAUCCGGCGGUUAUGCGGACGUUGGUUUUUCGCUGUUGGAGAAAAAACAAACCACACAGGCUGUUUCUAGUUAUCUUAUGGGCCAUGCCAAGGCGGUUGCAACCAAAGGUAGUAAUCUAGUGUCGCAGUACGGCUCCGAUUCCGACAACGAUGUGGACGACGCAUCCAACGAGCGAGACUACGUGGAUUUCGAAAAACUCACGUGCUUGCUUUGUAAACGUGCAUUCCAAUCACAUGAAAUACUUAACAAGCAUUUGAAGAUGUCCUCUUUACACAAGGAGAACCUUCAAAAGAUGAACGCUCAGAGAGGUGCGGGCGGCGCAGGUGGUCAGGGAAACAAAGGUGGAGCUUAUCGGGACCGAGCGAAAGAGCGGCGGCUUAAGUAUGGUGAAGCUGAUCCACCUCCAGUGAACAAAAGCAAGGAACGCUUCCAACGAGAACUGGAAAAGCAGGCGCAAUCAACUUUCACAGCACCGAGCUUAGCGUCGGUUCCCAUAGGCGAGAACAAUGUCGGCAACAAACUACUGCAGAAGAUGGGUUGGUCCGAAGGACAGGGUUUGGGCAGGAGUAACCAAGGACGUACUAAUAUUAUUGAGACUGAAGCGCGAGUGGCAAAUGCAGGUCUGGGAACUAAGGCAACCCACUAUGGAAGUACCGGGGAUUACAAAACGUACAUUAAGAAAAUGAUGAAAUCGCGAUAUGAACAGGUGGAUGUUAAGGAUUAAGCAGUCAAGCAUGGAAAUUUGUUUUAUUAUGAACAUCUCUAGUUUAGGUUUAUUCUACAAGAAUAAUUUUCCGUUAUAUCUAGUUCAGUAAGUUGUGAUUAUAUUAGUUAUUCAGAGAAUAA